AUGGCCGACGUAGACUUCAUCAAAGAGCAUCUGACCUCCCACCUUGAUUUUCCAAAGAAGGGCAUUGUCUUCCUCGACAUCUUCCCCAUACUAAGAAAUCCGCUCGCUUUCGAGACUCUUAUCACCCAUCUCCUCCAGCACAUCACAUCCCACACAAUCGGCCUCUCACCUACCAAGAACGUCGAUGUUGUUGUCGGCCUUGACGCUCGCGGUUUCCUAAUCGGACCAAUCCUUGCCCUGAGGCUCGGAGCAGCGUUUGUCCCCGUCAGGAAGGCGGGCAAGCUGCCGGGCACCUGCAUCAGCGCAAGCUACCAGAAGGAAUAUGGAGUCGAUUCAUUCGAAAUGCAAGCCGAUGCCAUCAAACCAGGCCAAGCUGUAGUGGUUGUCGACGAUCUUCUGGCCACUGGGGGCUCUGCACAUGCAGCCGGCGAGCUCGUUGCGAAACAAGGAGGGAAAACCCUCGAGUAUCUGUUCAUCAUCGAACUGAUGUUCCUCAAGGGUUCCGCCGCACUUGAUGCUCCAGUGUAUUCUAUUGUACAAUCCGAUGACUGAAGAUAGACGAUUAGACCAACAGCCUCGUAUUCAGAAGUGGAUGUCCAUUAAUGUACAAUAUCCGAUUUGAAUCCUUAACCUUUUCUCCC